GUCCUAAAAUUACGAGCAUCUUUUAGGUUUAGUUUUAGCGUUGCCGGUAGACGUCAUGACGUUGUACGCAACCGCUCCCUGUCUUGGUGCCUGGGAAGCCCCUAGUACGGAGCCGACAACGCCCGGUGUUGAAACCCAAACAUAAAACACGAUCUUGAAUGAGUUGUGAAGACUUGAAAACUCAGCUAUGCAGACCAUCAAGUGUGUUGUCGUCGGUGAUGGUGCGGUGGGUAAAACCUGCCUGCUCAUCUCUUACACCACCAACAAGUUUCCCUCUGAAUAUGUUCCCACGGUCUUUGAUAACUAUGCUGUAACUGUAAUGAUCGGCGGUGAGCCCUAUACCCUCGGCUUGUUUGACACAGCAGGUCAGGAAGACUAUGACCGGUUACGUCCUCUGAGUUACCCACAGACAGAUGUCUUCCUGGUCUGUUUUUCCGUCGUGUCGCCGUCCUCCUUUGAAAACGUCAAAGAAAAGUGGGUCCCAGAGAUCACCCAUCACUGUCCAAAGACGCCCUUCCUUCUAGUUGGGACUCAGAUCGACCUGCGGGACGACCCCUCCACCAUAGAGAAGCUGGCCAAGAACAAGCAGAAGCCCAUCACCCCCGAGACGGCCGAGAAGCUGGCCAGAGACCUGAAGGCUGUGAAAUACGUGGAGUGCUCCGCCCUCACACAGCGGGGGCUGAAGAACGUCUUUGACGAGGCGAUCCUCGCCGCCCUCGAGCCGCCUGAGACUCAGAGACAAAGGAAAUGCUGUAUAUUUUGAUCUUUGUCUGCUGCAGUAUCACCCUGCCCCACCCCCCUCUUCUCUGGCAUUCAUUAACCCCUUCCUGUUUCAUUCCUUAAUCGAAAUUUAUUCAUUCAUGCCAUUCUCACUCAGUGAAUCCAUUUCUUGUUACGCUGAUCUUUGCUGGCUUGUCCUCUGAAAUCGCGCCUCAACUUUUCUCUGAGUUUGAGUCGCUUUGUUUUCCUGCUAGGAGAAGCUCGGCAUUUGUUUUGCCUUUUUUUUAAUUGUUCUUUUUUUAUUUGACCAGAAAUCUAAGUAAAGAGAAGUUUGAUUGUCGCCGUGGUUACAUGCAGCUCCUCUCUGCUCAUACAGGGGAACUCCACUCGUGUGGUAGAACCAAUUUUCAGCUGUGAAUCAAAUUCAUUCAUCUCCCUGAAUUUUUUGUAAAUAUGAGUUAAAAGAAAAUGUGAAAUUAGCUCUUAAAUAAACAAAACAUCCAAAAUGACAGCUAUAGAAGCAGCUGAAUCCAAGGUUCAUAUUCCACAUAUAAGAAAACAAUGCAGCAUGAAUGAGCAGGUCUGAGGAGACGAGCUUGCUAGUAAUCACUUUGUGAUUUUAAGAGGAAAUCAUUUUUGAUCCUGUUUUUGUAAAAGCAGAAUUUGAUCUCCAACAAAACCCCUUUUUGUUAUAGUUUUUACAGUUUAUGCUCACAAAAACAAACACAAAAAAUUGUUGAGGGGGUCUAAAUCAUCAACAUUGCUCCAUUUUUUAUAAAGUAAUUUAUAAAAAUAAGGCUAACUUAAAUUUAGUGUGAAAAAUGUUUAACGUCCUCAUAAAAAUUUAAAAUAAAACAUCUGCAAACCUGCAGUUGGUUUGUAUCAGAUUACAGCUCAGCAGUCAUCGAUGUGUUUUAGGGUCCGGGCUUCCAUGCACGUCCAGAGUAGGGACAGGUACCGAAGCUCUCUGCAAACUUGGUAUUGUUACAUGUGCUUAUUUUCGCUGAGAGGUACCAUCUGGUUUAGAAUGGCCCAGACCAUUGAGGUGAGCGUUUCCUCUCAAAGGAUGCGGGGUGUAGACCGGCUGCCUAGCUUUGCAUCAUAGUAGUGCAACUACUGAAAAACCAAAACUAACAGCAGCAGUGGAGGUCAUCCAGCUGCUCAGUUUUUUUUCCCACUUGGUUUUUGGUAGUUUGUAUAAACAAAGCAUUUAAUGUUGUUUGAGAGAAGAUUGCAGACAGUGAGGAGGAAUACAGACGUUUUCUUCUGUCAUAAUGACCUGCCAUUCAACGGGGUUCAACAGUAGCUCCGCCCUAACUGGUCUGUUCAACUUUUCUAUGGAACUACAACCAAUGGGGCCCCAAAAAUGGUACGGGUUCACCUGCCUCAAUUUUAGCCAAUCAUUCUACAUUUCCAGUGAUUGUGGGCCGGUUCAUUUAAGAAUGGUGAGGGUGACCAGGGCUCUGUCAAAAUGCCAACAGCGAAGUGAGCAAAAGUUUGUCAGAACUUCACGGCAAAAGAUUCUAAUUCAUCAACUUGGUGGAUCAGAGUGACGUGUUUAGUGUUCCUAAAGUAGACUGAUGUCGCGGUGAUGAGGGAAAUCUGAGAAAACGGGGAUGCAGCGCUGCAGCGCAGAAUGAACGAAAGCAUCAUUUAGGUGCUCUCCUCCGUCACACUUGAACAUCUUUGGAAAAAUGGGUGUUUCCGUAUUUUUGAAGUACCAAAACCAUUUCAAAGUUACUGGUUCAGCACCGGCACAGAAUAAAAUCCAAACAGUACCCAUCCCUUCUCCAGAGGUUACACACAGACUUCAUAAUUGUCACUUUAUCACUGUGUGAGUUACUGUUGUGAAAAAAAGAAUUUGAUCACAUUCUAGUUUUCAUGACUUCAUCAAUGUGGAGAUGUUGGUUUAGCAGGAACCUGUAAUGUCUUAGUUAAACUCUAGAUGGAGCCCUUCAUUAGUCUUAGAUCAUGUCCAGUUUUUCAUGGAUUUGUGUAUCAAACAGCUGGCACUUUAAAAUUACACCUGUUUCUCUAGACUGUUUUUAAUAAAACUUUAGUUUUAAUAAUGAGAUUAAAUGGAUUCAGAGUUCUGAUGGAGGGAACUUCAUUUCAGAAAUCCCAUAAUAAUAGUAACACAAUAAUAACAUUUAUUUAAAGAGUCACUCCAAAGUCUAAUAUUUCAAAUCUAUUGAAAAUGAGCUUUUAUUCAGACUUCCUCUGUGUGACAGUGGAGCCUGAGCUGUGUGUGUGUGUUUGUGUAGAUAAUAAUCAUAUUGUGUUCAAAUGAUUGUUAAUAAAUUUCAAAUGAAUCGGCUCUCCUGUCCGCCUCUCUUCUUUCUUCGGUUGCCUGUGUGUGUGUCGCUUCAGGUCAUGUGACAGUCCAGUGGCUCCUCCUACAACCCCUACGUGUUGUUUGUGUGCUUGUGUUGUGUUGCUGCAUCAGGGCUCGAUUUUUCCUCCACUUUCUUGUUUAAUCUGAUUUCAGCUGCACUUUUGACUGAUGGGUUUUUGUUUGAAUGCUUUAAUUAGGAAAACCUUCUUAUUUUUUAUUUUUAUUUUGUCACUUUGAUUGAAGU